CGGUAUUACAGAUGUCUUAUUCUUCAUGUCAAACUUGUCAGCUCGCCUGCGCAGUUUUGAAGAUUCUCUUCUCACGAUGCUGUCGGAGUUUGUGUGUCUGCCUGGGUAACACGACGCAACGUCCGGAAUAUUCAGCUAUUUGUCUUGGCCUCGAAGGAGCCGGCAAGUCUACUAUUUUAGCUACUUUGACGAAUGAAGAUGUAUCCGUGUCAUCAACCGCAGGGUUUGCACUAAAAGCUGUUGGAUUACCAAGUGCCAUACUGAAUGUUCAAGAAUUGGGUGACAUGCGUUGAGUAUUACAUCAGACAGUUUUUUCAAGACAGAUCAACAUUUUAUUAGCCAGAAGCUAAACAGUAGAAUACGCGUACGCUAGCAAGUAGUCUGACAAGUUGUACACUGUACAGUAGCCUUACAUUUACAGUCACUGCCGAUUCCGGCGUUAGCAUCAGCGGUAAUGCAAGGUGAUUACACCA